UCGGACUUUAUACUCCAUUACUACAUGUCAUCUGUCUGUGCACAAAUACCUAAGUAGGAAUUCAGUUCGCAGAACUAAAUCGUGCCUUAUUUCGACUAGAAUUUGUACUAUUUUAUAUAAAUUUUGAAUAUUUUACCAUUUUCAAAAAAAUGUCUGACAUCGACAAUUUGCGAAUUGCUCCAUGGAGGCUGGACACUGAGGAGGUGUUGGGGGAAGGGGCCCUUGGAAUUGUGUACAGAGGUACGUGGACACGUGGCAAUAAAACGACCUGGGAGGAAGACGUUGCCAUAAAACUUUUAAAAGACCCGCUACUCAUCGACAAAGCUGAGGCCGAGGUACUGCGCAUGAGCAGACUUGACCAUCCAAAUAUUGUCAAGUGUUUCGGAAUUUCUUUCCCAAAUGAAACGCCCUGGAUUGUAAUGGAGUGCAUGACUGGAGGAGAUUUAUUGUCGUAUAUUUGCAACUAUGCGGGCGGAAUGCCAGUGGAUACCAUGACCCAGCUAGCGUACGGGAUUGCGUUAGGCAUGCAAUACCUUCAUCACACCGCGGAUCAAUACCAUGGCGACUUGGCUGCAAGAAAUUGCCUAAUCGGGCCAAACAACACAAUAAAAGUGGGCGACUUUGGGAAGUUUGACAAUGACUACGAGGAUUCUUACUUUGAUUGGAAUCAUGGACAGGUUUGUGCGAAAUUUCUUAUAUAUUUCUCCUUGGUGACAAUAUUUACGUCUUUGUAACCAUUCCCGUAAAAUUGAGCACUAUCCAAAAUACCUCCGCGGAUGACGAUUUGCCUCCAAAUUAUUGAAAAUGUGUGUGGAGUUAUGGCGUCGUGUGGAGUUAUGGCGUCGUCUUGUUUGAAAUUUGGACCAGGGGCUGCAGACCUUUCGGUAGCCUAAGCAAUCUUGAGGUCAAACAGGCCCUUGCGGGCGGAAGGACGCCCAAAGAUUACAAAGAUGUCAAAGCAAAAUGGUUCAUACUAAAGUUGAUGGACGAUUGUUGGGAGUUUAAUUCCUGCGAGAGACCAAACUUCAACAUGAUUGUGGACAAUCUGGAAGAAGAUGCCGGCCAUUUGUUGGACAUUUAGAGAUUUUGUGUAGAAAAUUUCGUUUUUUAAGUUAAAAAAUUAGUGUUCACAAUUUGACUUCAAAUGUGCAAAAUAUCUUUGUAGAUAAUUAUCACUUAUUUUAUAAAAUCUGAUAUGAUACACGGUUUAUACGUGGGUCUUGACCAUGAGCUCUAUUUUAUUUUAUGUUACCGUUGCCUUUAUAAUUUACGAAUUAUGGCAUAAUUUCUAAUUUAUUGGCAAGACCAUAAAUUAAAUAAAGUAAAAUCUAGUUUGUGUAUGUA